CAACGAAGAGGCUGCUUUUUCUCUGGGUGUGUUUAUGUGUAUAUGUGUGUGUGUUUGUGUUUGUAUUCGAGAACGACCCUGUAGAAGUGGUAGGAAAAGAGAGAAGACACGACAGGACACGACGCGCGUCACGACGUGAACGUAGGUAUCGAGGAUUCGGGAAUUGCCGUGUGCACAACGAAGUAAGUCUUCCCUGGAGAGGGGAUGAAGUGUGGCCUCAGUGGGCUGAGUUGUCGAGCUCGAGGUGAAGAGAGUUAAGUGACCGAGUGACGAGAAGGAGAGAACGCGAAAAAGCAAGACUCGAGGGCGGCGACAUACACGAUCGCAAGUGCCAGGUUGGAAACAAUAGAAACAUUAGCCAGUGCCGUGCUCUUGGAAGCAAACCGGAAACAGUAAAAAUAGAAAUCCUAGUUCCACUGGAAAGAAAGAAAAAAAACUAGUUAGGAAACUGAGAGAAAGAGAGACAGACGAGAGACAGAGAGAGAGAGAGAGAGAGAGAGAGAGAGAGACAGUGUGUGUUCUUCAAAGAAAAUCGCUCGUCGUCGUCAAGAGCGAUGAUGACGGCGCGCGUUCCUCUAAUUUUUCAUCCAAGACGGGAGUCAUGCGGUUUUUUGAUUUUGAACUUGUAGAUCGAAGACACCGGGUGUGACAACGUACAAGUGACGCGAGUGCAAAAAACCGGGCGCGUGUGCCUUUUUUCCAGACGCCUUCGCCUGUGUCCCCACUCCACGUCCUUGUCGGACAUUACUGAAAACGAGCCGACACGUUCGUGUGUUUACGUCGCGAGGAUUACCAAGCCGUUACGAUGUACACCAAGGCAAAAGGAUCUGCUGUCCCCUCGGAUGCUCAAGCCAGGGAAAAAUUAGCUUUAUAUGUCUAUGAAUAUUUACUUCAUGUAGGAGCCCAAAAAGCAGCACAAGCUUUCUUAUCAGAGAUUCGAUGGGAGAAAAACAUAACUCUAGGAGAACCUCCGGGAUUUUUACAUUCUUGGUGGUGUGUGUUUUGGGAUUUAUAUUGCGCAGCUCCUGAACGUCGAGAUUCCAAUGAACACAGCAGUGAAGCCAAAGCUUUCCACGACUAUGGAUUCGUGAAUAGUGGUGGUUAUGGAGUUAAUGGUAUUGCCCAUAAUGCCGGACCAGCACCGUCUCCACUUGGACAGAUGCCACCGAAUGAAGGCAUGCAUGGCGGUCCAAUACCACCAGGAUUCUUUUCCAACAACUCGACAAUGCGACCAUCUCCGCCCACACACCCCUCAUCACAGCCAUCCCCCCAGCACCCCCAGCCACCCCCGCCCCCACACUCGCAGAUGAUGUCCGCUCAGUACAUGGGACCAAGAUUUCCAGCUGGACCAAGACCAGGAGGAGUUCGUUUGGCACAAAUGGGAAAUGAAUUUAAUGGGCCACCAGGACAGCCAAUGAUGCCGAACAGUAUGGAUCCCACAAGACAAGGCGAAGCUGGAGAGUUUGUAGGGUGGCAAGGACCACCGGGUAUGAAUCACAUGACACCGAGAAUGAAUCCACCACCAAGAGGACCUGCGAUGGGACCAAUGGGUCCAGGAAGUUACGGCCAAGGAAUGAGAGGUCCACCCCCCAAUAGUAGUUUAGGUCCAGGAGGUCCCGGAGGACCAGGAAUGCCACCCAUGAGCAUGGCUGGACCAGGAGGACGACCUCAAUGGCAACCUAAUACAUCCACGCCGAUGAAUUAUUCUUCAUCAUCGCCGGGCAAUUAUGGUGGACCACCAGGUUCGAGUGGACCUCCAGGUCCAGGAACGCCAAUAAUGCCAAGUCCACAAGACAGCAGUAAUAGUGGAGGAGAAAAUAUGUACACGAUGAUGAAACCUGUACCUGGAGGAAAUAUGCCCGGGGAUUUCCCAAUGAGUGGAGGCCCAGAAGGUGGACCAAUGGGUCCAAUGGGACCCAAUACAAUGGGUCCAGUAAUGAAUGGCGACGGUCUUGACGGUAUGAAAAAUAGUCCUGCGAAUGGUGGACCCGGAACACCGCGAGAAGACAGUGGCAGUGGAAUGGGUGAUUACAAUCUUGGUGGUUUUGGCGGUCCCGGAGAAAACUUUUUUUAAACAAUUCGUCCUGGCCUGCAUCUUCCUGGUUAAUCUCGCAUAAUGCGGAGGAUCAUGCGAAUCGCUAACGAGCACAUUUACGUACGUAGAUUUGCACAAAAAAAAUAACGGUUGUCGAGGCACCCUCCCACUUGUUUUGUGCAACAAAAAAAAAAAGAAAAUCAGAACAAAAUCUGAUUAAAAAAAAAGAAAAGCAAAAUUUAACGUGUUGAUCACAUCUCAUUAAGCAUUUGUUGUCAGUUGCACCCAAUAAUAAUUGAAAUAGGCCUAGCACUUAAGAAUCUAUUAAUUGAUAUACAAGAGGAAAAAAAAGUUACUUAAUUGCCACUAUCGCCAUACACAAUUUAUAAUAUAUAUACAUAUGCUUCACUAAUACUCUCAAGGUUGCAAAUUAGGAUUAAUUUUUUUAUACAAUGGUUGUUUCUAAUUAUUAUUAUUUUUAGAUUUAUGUCGUUUUUUUCUAUAAGUUAUCUCCUUUAGUUCGGUAUUUUUAUUUUUUUUUUAUUUAUAUUUAUUUGAGACUUAGCUUUUAAGCGAAGGUGCCUGGAGAACGAAAGGCUGUUACUCGUGACUGUCUGCUACUGUGAUGUGGUCGUAUAAUAUUUAAUCGAUUUUUUUACUUCCUUUUUUUUGUAGUUUAAAAAAAAGAAGCGAUACUAUAGCUUGCUUUUCAAGUCACGUUAGGAUUAUUCUUUCGUUCUAGAGUUAUGAGAGAAUACCGUGACGACGACUAACGAGCUUUGGUAUCAUUUACUUUGAAAAGUAACAAAAAAACAAUUGUUUUUAAGUAUUCUACUAUUUUCUUGACUAGGUUACUA